AUGAAUGUUCUCUCUCACAAGUUGGAUAAAGCAGUUUGGGAGAAGAAAUUUAAGUUCCAUCCGAGGUGUAAAGCUUUGCUCCUUACCCACCUUUGCUUUGCAGAUGAUCUGAUGGUCUUUGUAGAAGGAUUAAAGGAGCCCAUUGAGGGAGCUUUAACAAUAUUUGAUGAGUUUUCUGUAUGGUCUGGUUUGAGUAUAAGCCUGGAGAAGUCUACUGUGUAUAUGGUUGGAGUUUCAGACGUUGAGAAGAAGAAUAUUAAAUCAAACUUCCCAUUUGCAGAGGGGAAGCUUCAGGUUCGAUAUUUGGGGCUUCCACUCAUGUCUCAGGCGAUGAAGAAGCAAGAUUAUUUGCCUCUGGUUGAGAGAAUAAGAAGCAAGAUAUGUACGUGGACUUGCAGAUUCUUGUCUUACGCGGGGGGUCUCCAAUUGAUAAAAGCAGUCUUGAUGAGCAUUGUAAAUUUCUGGGAAGCAGUAUUUAGACUCCCUAGUAAGUGUAUGAAGGAAAUUGAGCAGUUCUGCUCAGCUUUUCUUUGGUCUGGUCCAGUGUUAAAGAAAGUAGGUGCUAAGGUGGCUUGA